AUAUAUUCAACAACGUUAUCUAGUAUGUGCAACCUUAUGUUGAUAACACAACAUAGGCUAAUAUUUUAAUGUUUGACCAGCUAUUACAUAAUUCGUAACUUUAACUUCAUUUGCCUCUAAUUACUCUCGGUUUUAACAGUUAAUUAUUGUAAAAUGUUUAAAGGUCUCGUAGGUUUAGUAACAGGAGGCGCCUCGGGACUCGGCAGGGGAACCGCUGAACAUUUGGUAAAGCAUGGAGGGAGGGUCGUUAUUUGUGACCUCCCAAAUAGUAAGGGCCGUGAGACAGCAAAACAGCUUGCAGGAAAUGCUGCUUUUGUGCCAGUUGAUGUUACAUCAGAGGAGGAUGUAAAAAAUGCUCUACAGACAACGGUUGAUAAGUUCGGGAGAUUGGAUGUGGUAGUCAACUGUGCAGGUAUUAUUACUGCUAGCAGAGUAUACAAUGUCAAGAAAGAUCAGCCGUUUGACCUAAAGGCUUUCCAAAGGACAAUUGAUGUGAAUUUAAUUGGAACAUUCAAUGUAAUCCGUCUGGCAGUUGGUUUGAUUUCUAAAAAUGCUCCGGAUGGGGACGGACAGCGGGGUGUUAUUAUUAAUACUGCCAGUAUCGCAGCUUUUGAUGGACAAAUAGGCCAAGCAGCUUAUUCAGCGUCUAAGGCUGGUAUUGUAGGGAUGACGCUACCCAUCGCUCGGGAUCUAGCAAAACAAGGAAUCAGAGUUGUAACCAUCGCACCGGGUAUGUUCCGGACACCACUAGUGGAUGCAAUGCCAGAAAAGGUUCUUCGUGAGUUGGAAGCAGGUGUACCUUUUCCCUCACGGUGCGGUCAGCCCCACGAGUUCGCUCUCUUGGUGCAAAGCAUCAUCACAAAUCCCAUGCUCAAUGGCGAGACCAUACGGAUAGAUGGCGCUUUAAGGAUGCAGUAGAGCACUUACAAAAAUUUUAUUUUAGAACUAUCAGUGAAUUUUUUUAAUGAGCUCGUUAUAUAUUCAUGAUCUUAACGACCUGCGGGUUAUCGCUUAUCGUCACACGUCAAUCCAUUUAGUGACGUAUUUCGGCAGCCAUAGAGUCCAUAAUCAACAAACUGACAUUAAACAAGUCACUAAUAAAGACUGUAAUGUUGUGAAACAGA